AUGGUCGACCGCCCCGAGCGCCCCAACGCCCUCGGGCUGCGCUCCUUCUCUCACGACCCUCCCAGCGCCAACCCCAGCGUCGCCAGUCUCGCCAGCGCCAGCAUGAGCAACCUCCCGCUCGCCGACCUCCCCAGCCCGCGCGCCGGCGAUGCCCCGCCCGCCCUCUCGCCGCUGGACCAGCUCGCCUGGCAGGGCCGCCUGCUGGCGAAGCGCUUCGAGGCCGACAAGAGCGGCCGCCGCCUCAGCAGACUGGCCCCGCUGACCAUCCAGAACGAGUUUGGCAACCGCUCCGGCUACUUCUCGUCGCUGUCGUCGACCGUCAGCUCUCCCAACGAGGACCUGGGCCCCAUCUCCGCCGGCCCCGGCGGCGUCGCUCCUCCGCCCGACGCGUCCCCGCGCCAGCACGUGUCGGACAGGCACCGAUCGUACUACCCGCAGAUCAGCAACGAGGAGCCGCUCUCGGCGCACUCGCUGACCGCCUACAGCCAGCUGGGCCCCAUUGGAGAGACCAGUCCUGCUUCUGCGCCAUCUCGCGGCUAUUUCGACAUCCCCAGGUCGCACUCGCCUGACUCGGUGGAACCUCACAUCGGCGUGCGAGAAGCCACGCCCAUCAGCCCCUCUGGCCCUACGCCAACUUCUCAGCUAUUCUUAAAUCCCCAGAGGAAACCGUCCUCGGAUUCGGUGCCCCGAUCACACCCAGGCGCCAACCUGGUUCCGCCCCGCAAAUCAAGCAAACGCUCUCAACGCUCGCCGAGACUAUCACCGAGCAUCAGGUCUUUCCAAGAUAGCUCCGACGAGGUUGAUGAUAUGCCAUUGAGUGGCUCGUUCGAUUCUUUCCCGCGCAACAGAGCUCUGUCACCCAGCUCCAGUUUCUCCCGCGCCCAGUCCCCUUUCACACCCACUACCACCAUGCCUCGCUCCCCUUCUGCGACCUCAGAGCACUCUCCCAGCGGACACCUCGCUCGCCCAGCCUUUAAUUUCUCACGGCCCAUCAGCCGACAGAGUACUCGACCUUCCAUUGAUUGUGUCCGACCGUCGCUGGACAUGCCGUCACGACAGCCUUCAGACGACAGUGUGUCCAUGAGACCUUACUGUGACAGUAGCCUCAAGCGCCAGAAUUCCAACACAGACGGUCCCGCUGCUCAGCAUGCCAACGACACUGUACACACCCCUGUCAGCAUGGUAAGUGAGGAUUUCCGCCGAUCUGGCGAUUACCCCACCAACCCGGUACCUUCUUAUAUCCAUUCCACCUUCGACCUACCUCGCGGUAGGAAGCUCGAUCGCAAGUCUGUUGGCAUUGACGAUUUCUUCAAGAAGGAAAUCACCUGGGAUCAGUCCAAAGGUCAACAAAGGCCACCUUCCCCUGAAUCACCGCCUCGUUCGUUCGACAAGAACCGGCCGACACAGGCACCGUCUCUCACUUCGAGCAACAGCACAAUUCGCGCUGCCACCGCCGGUACUGCAGAAGUCACUGCCCAGGAGCAUUGCGACAUGGGCAUUGAGCUGCAUGAGAAGGGCGAGCUCUUGAAAUCCACCUACCAUCUUCGGUUGGCAGCUCGUGGAGGGCUCCCGGAAGCUAUGCUCUGGUAUGGUCUCGCCUGCCGCCAUGGUUGGGGCAUGCGCGAGAACAAACCAGAGGCCCUACAGUGGCUGCGCCGCGCAGUCGACUCUGGGCACCUUGAGAUCGCAGACGACGAACAAGGCAACUCUACCGAUAUUGUUAAGAAGAAACAGCAUCGUGCACAAUACGCUGUCGCAAUUUACGAGCUCGGCAAGUGUUACAUGAAUGGUUGGGGUGCUGCCCAAGACAAAACCCUUGCCCUUCGCUGCUACGAAAUCGCAGGCAACUGGGGCGACCCUGACGCAUUGGUCGAAGCUGGUUACUGUUACGCCGAAGGCGUAGGAACCAAAAAAGAUAUGAAGAAGGGAGCCAAGUUCUACCGCGCAGCUGAAGCGAAGGGAGUUAGUAUGGUCGGCAACAGCUGGAUCUAUAAAGACAAGUACAAUGACGACGCUACCAGCACCUCCGACUCUCGCUCCGUCCGCUCCGGACGGUCAACCAAGAAGGACAAUUCUGAAAAGAAGUCUCGUGACAAGAGCCGCACGCGUACCAUCUUCAGCCGCAAGAAGAGCCACACGGUAUCUUCGAACUGAGCUUUGUUCACAGCUUGUACAUGAGACCCACGACUUGGCUUUUACAUAUUUGGCAACGGCGUCCUCGGAUUCGCGUCUGCCUGCUUGUUUUGCAUAUACCAUGAGCGAACAGACAGAUCCAGAGCCUGUGUCAUCUGCCUUUUGCUUUAUUGUUUUUGUUUGUUUGUAUGUUUGUUUGUUUGCUUAUUUGCUUGCUCCAUAUGCUUUACUUUCAUUUGUACUUGUUCGUUUUUUGAUACCUGCCCGGUGCAUGGCACCGCUUCGCUUCUUGGGCCAAAAUUUCCUUCCAUUUCUGGACACAUCAACACCAUUUCCUUUCAUUUUCAUUUGGCUAUGUCUUU